AUGACUACAUUAAGUUGGAACUGUCGGGGGUUGGGGAACUCUCGAACAGUUCGUGAACUCCUAGGAGUUGUUUCUAGGAGGAAACCUGUUUUUAUUUUUUUGAUGGAGACGAAGGUUAACCGGUUUAGCGGGGAGAGAAUAAAAGUGAAGUUGGGGUAUGAGGGGUGUUUUCAGGUGGAGCCUGUGGGAUUGAGUGGUGGCUUAAUGUUGUUAUGGCGAGAGAAGAACUGUGCACGCUUGCUCAGCUAUUCAAGAAAUCAUAUAGAUAUUGAGGUGGUACUGCCGAAUGAGGCACCAUGGCGACUAACGUGUUUCUAUGGUUUUCCAGAAAGGAGCCGAAGAGCGGAGUCUUGGAGGCUGCUUGAUGGAUUACGGGUGCGGUCUGCGCUGCCCUGGGCAGUCAUUGGCGACUUUAAUGAUCUAACUUGUCAGGCGGAGAAGAGAGGAGGGCGAAGAUAUCCAGAGGCACUAUUAGCAGGGUUUAAUGGUGUGUUAGAGGUGUGUGGCCUUUGGGAUAUUGGUAUGGUGGGAAGAAGAUAUACGUGGGAGAGAGGGAGGGGUACGGUCGACUGGGUAGAGGAGCGGCUAGACCGAGCUGUAGUGACUGGGAGUUGGCGUGAUUUAUACCCUGCAGCAACGUUGUACAAUGACAAUGUUGUGACAUCAGACCAUUCCGCUUUAUUUUUGGAGUUGAAGGAGGUUGCAAGCCCUAAUACACGCCAUGUUCGAUUUGAGAAUGCUUGGAUUCUAGAUGCUGAUUGUAGGCGUGUGGUUGAGGAGGCUUGGGGUGAGACGGUGGGGAUUACUUUUCCAGAACGACUGCGGCGGUGUGGGAUGAGGCUAAGGGACUGGGGUGGGGCUUAUAACCACACGCUAGGGAAGAGAAUUCGUGAGUGUAGGCGGCGGCUCGAGUGGCUGCGAGAUAAGAGGGAUCCACCGUCGUUACAGGGGUUUAGGGAGACGUUGGGUAGGUUGGAGAAUCUGUUAGAUCAGGAGGAGGUGUACUGGAAACAGAGGGCGAAGCAGCACUGGAUGUGUAGGGGGGAUAGGAACACGAAAUUUUUCCAUAACUACGCUUCUACCCGAAGGAGGAAAAACUAUGUGAGAAAGUUAAGAAAUGACGAUGGAGUGUGGGUAGAGGGGAGGGGGUUGGAGGAAGAGGUGGUGAGAUAUUAUACAAAUAUUUUUACAGCGAAUGGUAAUACGGGGGAGGAGCUGACACGUAGGAUUCAGCGGCGUGUAACGGAGGAGCAGAAUGCAGCAUUACGGGAACAAUUCAGUGCUGAUGAGAUAAGGGAUGCGGUUUUCUCAAUGGCACCAGAUAAGUCCCCGGGGCCUGAUGGGAUGGGUCCAGGCUUUUAUCAGAAUUUUUGGGGAGAUGUCGGGGGGGAUGUGGUCAACUUUGUGCUAACCUGCUUGAAUAAUAAUGCUUUACCCGAGGGGAUCAAUGAUGCAACAAUAGUGCUUAUACCAAAGAAGAUUAUUCCGGAGAAGGUGGCAGACUUAAGGCCUAUUGCGCUAUGUAACGUGAUCUAUAAAAUCAUGGCAAAGGUCUUGGCCAACAGAAUGAAAAGUGUACUCUCAAAGAUUGUUUCUGUAGAGCAGAGUGCCUUUGUGCCCGGGAGGUUAAUCACGGACAAUAUUCUAAUUGCUGCUGAGUCCGGGAGGUUAAUCACGGACAAUAUUCUAAUUGCUGCUGAGUUGGGACACUUCCUAAACUCUAAGAGAGAAGGUCUUACGGGUUGGGCGGGUCUGAAGCUAGACAUGGCGAAAGCUUACGACCGUGUAGAGUGGUCAUUUUUGAGGCGCUUGUUGGUUAGUCUAGGCUUUGAUGACGCCUUUGUGGAUAAGCUGUUGGUUAGUCUAGGCUUUGAUGACGCCUUUGUGGAUAAGCUGAUGAUGUGUGUCACGACGGUCAGAUAUAGGGCAAUGGUAAAUGGUCGAUUAGUUGGGCCAAUUAUCCCCACACGUGGCUUACGUCAGGGUGAUCCCCUAUCGCCAUAUUUGUUUGUUCUUUGUGCGGAGGGGUUGUCAUUUCUGUUGAAGGAGGCUGAGAGCAGCGGACGAAUUCAUGGUUGCAGGAUUGCCCGAGGAGCCCCAUCUAUAACUCAUUUGUUUUUUGCAGAUGAUAGUUUGCUCUUUUUUAAGGCGAAUAGAAGGGAGGCUGAGGUAAUUAAAGGUUGUUUGGAGGAGUAUGAGCACGCUUCAGGUCAGAUGGUUAAUUUCCAGAAAUCUAAUGUAACCUAUAGCAGGAAUACGCCUGAAGGAGUGAGGGAGGAGACGCUGGGCAUACUAGGGGUGAGAGAGACUGCUGAUUUUGGGAAAUACCUUGGAUUGCCAUCGUAUAUUGGUCGCAAUCGGUCUGAGGUUUUUUCAUUUGUGCAGGCUAAGGUUGCUGCUCGUGUAGGUGGGUGGCAUAAGAGUCUCUUGUCAAAGGCCGGGAAAGAGAUAUUGAUUAAGACUGUGGCACAGGCAUUGCCCACCUACACUAUGGGGGUUUACUUGCUGCCUCAGAAUUUAUGCAGACAGUUGGAAGGUUCAUUUGCUCGGUUCUGGUGGCGACACGGGAGGGGAGGCACUGGCCUGCAUUGGUUACGGUGGGAGAAACUGUGUGCUCACAAGGCGGCAAGUGGGUUGGGAUUUAAGUGUUUGCGUGAUUUCAACCUUGCAAUGCUCGGUAAGCAAGGGUGGCGGGUUCUGACAAAUCCAAACUCUUUAGUGGCCACUUUGCUAAAAGCGAAGUAUUUCAGGCAUGGGUCUUUCUUAGAUGCGUGUCUGGGUCGCAACCCAAGUUAUGCGUGGAGGAGUAUUAUGGCGGCGAAGCAUGUGAUCAUGAGGGGCCUUGGUAGGAGGGUUGGAAAUGGUUUCCAAACUAGUGUAUGGUGGCAACCGUGGCUUUUCGACCGUGACAAUCCAUUUGUUGAAGCUAUACCAUCAAAUAGNGCUUGUUGGUUAGUCUAG